AUGCGGUUCCAAGGAGUCAUUGGCGCUGCCCUUUUGGGUUCAUCAGCCCUGCAGCAUGUCGCUGCAUCCAUGCAGCCUGAUGUAGAAGGGGAUAUCGUCAACAUUGAUGGUGACAUCGUGAACGCUGAGCGUCUCGAGACCCGUCAAUCGGCACCAGCAAAGAUUCCCGUUACUGGAGUCACUGGAAAUGGUAUUCAGCCUAGACUGGAGCUUCGCACUAUGCAGCAACAGUAUCCCGACAUGUUCAAUGUCUUCCUUCUCGGUCUGCGCAGUUUCAUGCAGGUGGACCAGUCAGAUCCUCUUUCCUACUAUCAGAUCGCUGGUAUUCACGGAAGACCCUACGUCCCUUGGGAUGGUAUUGGUACUGCUCCUGGAUUUGGUGGUGGUUACUGCACCCACACUUCCAACAUGUUCCUGCCGUGGCACAGACCUUACCUGGCUCUCAUUGAGCAAGAGCUUUACAAGCAUGUUCAAAAAGCCGCGCAGUCCUUCCCCGCCGGUGCAACCCGGGAUAAGUACGUUUCCGCAGCACGUAACUGGCGCUACCCCUACUGGGAUUGGGCUGCAGCACCCUGCUCUGGCUGCAAGGCGUUCCCUGCUUUGGUCAGCGACCAAUGGGCUACUGUUACCACUCCCACUGGUGUGCAGACCAUCCCUAACCCUCUUUUCCGUUAUGAUUUCCACCCUGUCUCUGUUUCUGACAUGGUCUACAAUCCUUUUGCAUCUUGGGACGUGACAAAGAGAUACCCCUCAUCAUGGGAUGCCUCUGCAGGCAGUCAGAACAACCUGCUCAACCCCAUCUUCGCCAAUAGCCAGGUCAACUUCCGCGACCGUCUUUACAACCUUUUCACCAACUACAACAACUUCCAUCAGUUUGGUGACUCGGCAUGGAUCACUGCUAGCUCUACCAACGCCGACAGUCUCGAGUCGCUCCACGAUGGUAUUCAUUCAAGUAUCGGUAACAACGGUCACAUGACUUACCUCGACUAUGCUGCAUUUGACCCGGUAUUCUGGUUGCAUCACGUUAUGGUCGACCGAAGCUUCGCAUUAUGGCAGGCUAUCCACACUGAUAGCUAUGUUGAGCCUCUGGCAGCAGUCGGAAGCACUUUCACCUACCCUGCUGGAACCAUCAACGACGUGAACUCGGGUCUUACACCUUUUUUCAAGGACGCGGCUGGCACCAACUGGACUUCGGCUGACGUGCGCGACACAACCACUCUUGGAUACACCUACCCUGAGCUUCAGAACGGCGCAACUGCCUCAAGUGUUCGUGCAGCUAUCAACAAGCUCUAUGGAAAGAAUGCCGUUGCUGCUAGUGCAUCCGUGAAUGUCAAUGUCGGAACCUCUACCAGCAGCGCCAACCCGGCAAGCUCAACCACUUCUAAAGCGGCAAGCUCGACUCCUUCCAAAGCAGCAAGUUCGACUCCCGCCAAUCAGCCUGCCAGAGCUGCCUCAAAGCCGAGCCUAAGCAGCAUCUGGAGAAGUCGCCCUGUGCACAUCUGGAGCCCUUGGUGGAAGCGUGACAACAUGACCGGCGCCCCAUUCUACAGCAUGAACGGAACCAACGGCACUAACGGCACUGACGAUUACCACCAUGAGUACAUCUGUAACAUUGUGUCGCAGAAGUUUGCCAUGAACGGAUCCUAUGCCGUUUACGUGUUCCUCGGCAAUGUUUCAUCCAACUCUACUGAGGAGCUGCAGCUUGCACCCAAUCUAGUCGGUACCUACUCGGUCUUCUCCAACAUGCCUUCCGAGGACAACCACAUGAUGAACAUGGACCUCAAGAUCACCGGAACCGUUCCUUUGACCACCUCUCUUCUUGAAAAGUACGAGAGUGGAGAGUUGAGAAGCAUGCUCCCCACCGAUGUCGAGCCUUAUCUCCGCAAGAACCUCCAAUGGAGAGUGUCCAAGUACGACGGGGGAGAAGUCGCCGUCGCACAGGUGCCCGACCUUUCGCUCAACGUUGUGCAGGCUCAAGUCACUCCUGCAGCUGACGAGACCGAGUUCCCUCAGUGGGGUGCUUUCACUGCUCUCACUAGCGUCACCGCCGGUAAGGCUGGUGGCUACAGUGCUCAGUACUGGACUUGCCCCGAGGAUGGCUCUCCUUUCGAUAACAGCUACUCAGGCGAAUCGACCAGCCCUGCACCCAGCGCCGCUGCUCCUUACGGCAAUGGCACCGCUGCCUCGCCAGUUGCUCCCCAGGGCACCGCAGCUGGUACUGGCUCAGCAAACCCCUACAUACCCACAACCUACACUGGUGCGGCCAACAUAUUGAGCAUGUCUGGCUAUGCUGUCGCACUGGCAGCAGUAGCCCUUCUCAUCUAA